UUGACAUCAGUUCUAUUUUUCACUGAAAAAAGAAAAAAAAUAUUGACAAAGGUUCGGAUGCAUUUAUCAAUGGAUUCAUUGGGAAUAGUGGACGAUAGUUGCCUGGACAGCUACGAUAUCGCUAAAGGUGCCGGGUCCAGCAGCGGAGGCCGGGUGCACAGCAUUGAUGUCAUACUGGGAUUUACUAAAGACCAGGACGCCUUACUGAGUUCAGUAGGAGUUGUUGACAACCAAAAAGUUGGAGGAGAAAAUCUGCAGCGUCCUGAAAAGCAAAUCCAGCUGCACCCAUAUGGACACCUGUCAGACCUGGGUGACAGCUCCCAGCAUUCUUCCUACCACGGUGACCUUGAUGCCGAGCUUUUCUCUGGUGACAAGUGUGAUGAGAAAAUGAACGACCUGCAGAAGGAAAUGGACCUGAACGACCAGUCUCCAGACGACAUGAAAGAGGAGCUGCACACCAAAAAGAAACACCGGAGAAACCGCACCACUUUCACCACCUACCAGCUUCACGAGCUGGAGCGGGCCUUCGAGAAGUCCCACUACCCUGACGUCUACAGUCGAGAGGAGUUGGCCAUGAAGGUCAAUUUGCCCGAGGUUCGAGUGCAGGUUUGGUUCCAGAACCGAAGAGCCAAGUGGCGACGUCAAGAAAAGAUAGACACUAGCACCAUGAAGCUCCAUGACUCUCCCAUUCUAUCCUUCAGUCGUCCCCCAAUGCCGCCCAGUGCUGGUCCAGUGGCUAACCCGAUGCCCCUUGACCCUUGGUUGACUUCGCCUAUUUCAACUGCUCCACCAAUGCAUACAAUUCCAGGCUUCAUGGGUUCACCCCAGAGCCUGCAGCCUGCCUAUCCAAGCCACGGCUUCCUCAACACCCCACCUGGCAUGGUCCAGGGUAUGCAGCCCAUGGGCCCACCUGCUUACCAGUGCACUGCCAGUUACAGUGAUAAAUACCCGAUGGAGGAUGACAGGAGUUCCAGCAUCGCUGCACUCAGGAUGAAGGCCAAAGAGCACAUUCAGUCCAUGGAUAAAACCUGGCAGCACAUGUAACAGCGGUGAAUCAAUACACAUGGAUUUUCAUCUCUGAAUGUUUACACACUGGUUCUCAAACAUUGAAUUUGAAAGAAUACAAGGACCUAAAUGAUUUAAAAAUCUGUGUGAAACAUCAGACCACUCUCUGCAUUUCAUUCGUGUUUCGAUUUACAAAUGGGAAGUCAGCAAACUUUUACUCUUUCAAAAUUAAAGCCACUGAAGCUGAAGCUUUUUUUUCUCCUCACUAAAAUAAAAAUCAAUUUUUAGAGAAGCUAAAGGGGGAGGGUGUACAUCAUCGGAAGUCAAGAAACAUAAUCUUGUUUGAAGACUAAUUCAAACAGACAAGCAUACCUCUUAACACCUAAUUACUGCUUUUAAAGCGAUUAACCUCGGCUUUUCAGCCAUGGACAGAAUGCCCUCAAAUACCCCCCAAAAAAACCCUUUUCAAAACCUGAUUAACCCCUACCAAAUCUGUUCAUUAAUCACUCGCAGUUUCAACACUGUAUUGCAGUAAUGCUGAUUAAAGAUGAAUGAAGUUUUAUAUUUCAAUGUUUUUUUUUUCUUUAAAGAUAAUGUUGUCGGGGGGUCGUUGGGUGGAACUGGAGGAUGCAGCUACUGUAAUAGUGUGA